AUGAGUCUUCGUCCAAAAUCCAAGUCGUCGUCCACUUCGGUAUUUCUGAAAUCCCACAAGUUCUCACUAACUUCACAUAUUCUCAGGAAGGCAAAAAAGCGCGAACCAAUGGAUAGUGCCGAGCGUCGACGAUCCGAGACCGAUAUCGGCGGUGGUCCUCGGAAUAGUGCGGAUGCUCGUCCGAGUCUUGACUUGUCCUCCGAUCCAAUGCUCGAGUCGAAUCUGGCUCUUCGUAAGCUCUCCGAAGCGUUUGGU